CACUCUCACCUGUGUACACUAUAUUCGUCUGUACAUAGGAGGCAAACCAACGCUUACCUGUAAUUUCGACUUCGCUGGCCACACUACCUAUUUCGGGACCAUCGUAUCCAUCAACUGCAUCUCGUCACAACGCAUUCCUUUCUUUCAUCCUCUCCUUGCCACCAAUAUCGACAUCGACUGCCCUUGGCACGCGUCACCUCCCUCAAUCCCGUUAGUCAUCGGCAUCGUCUUGCGACGCGCAUCAUACGUCAGGCGUUAGGGAGCGAAGCACUUUUCGACGGGGAUUUUCAAGCAACAACACAAGCUAGAAUUCGCCGGGACAAGAAUACUAGAUUUCCAUUCUAUAGAUUUUACUCAGCAAACUCCCGCGGCUUCCCGGACUUAGCUGCCCAGUCGAAGGAACCGGUUACUCAGCGACAGCCUAACUUCCACAUCUCGCAAACGAACGAUUGCGAGAGGGGUCAACAACAACCAAAGAUAACAAAUCACAAUGGCAGAGGAAGAGAUUAACAUCCCUUCCCUGGUGAUCGUACUGUUAGUCACUGGCCUAGCAGUACGCUACUUCUUCUUCAGCGGAAAUGCGUCUUCGGCGAAUCGCCAGCCGGGCGGGACAGGCGGCGCGACACCAGAGGAGUUGCAAAGACGGAGGGAACGAGAACGAGAAGCGGCGGUCGAAACGAUACAACAGAUGUUCCCACAGGUAGACAGACGGACUAUCCUGUGGGAUUUGCAGCGCCAUGGGGGAAACUUGCAGGCUACAACAGAAAGGAUUUUGGCGGGAAGAACGGAGACUCCUCCGAUCACGUUUCAGCCUCCGCCUCCACCCAGCUCGCCAGAGACAACCGCUGCUGCGCAGCAAAGUGCAGCUGCCGCCGCCGCCAGUAAAUACGCGGAAAAGAAGGUCCACCCGGAUCUGAUCACAAGGUAUAACCUGAGGGACAAACUCGCCAGCGCCCCUUCGGAGGAUACCGGGGCGGCGGCCGGCGCCCCAAAGACUGGAGGCUGGAGCUCGAAUCGCGAGGAGAGGCAGUCGUUACUGCGGAAGAGGAGAGAUCAGAUGAUUAUCGAAGCCAGAAGGAAAAUGGAGGCCAAGAUUGCGGCGGAGAAGGCGGCUGCUGCUGCUGCUUCGGGCUCCGCCGGCGGCGGUGAUAACUGAAGGCCCAUCGGCUUGAAUUUUGGCUCUGUAAGGGGCAGUUUGGGGUGGAACAUGUUUGCAUGUAAUGAAACAGGGUAUAGAACCGACAACGCAACUCCAAAAGAGGAAAGGCUGGUGGAAGGGAUUUGAGGGAGUUAUCACACACAUGUCACAGUUUGGGGCGUGUAUAGAUUGUAAGAGACAAACUAGGCAUCAUGAGGCUGAACGUGGUCGGAUAGAUCGGAAGCGUCCUCUGUGGUCAAUAGGGGUUAUUUGGUGUUUCAGCGUAGCUACAACUUUGUACGAAG